AAAAGACCUAGUCGCUAUUUUAAAUGUGGACGUUGUAGGUAAACUUUAGUUGCUACUGUAAUCUACGUCUACCAUAUUACGGACGCCUAGCAUUGUUCCCCACUUUCACCAGCUAGGGGAUGAGCUUUACUUCUGAUGAAGUUAAUUUUCUUAUAUUCAGGUAUCUCCAAGAAUCAGGUUAUUGUCACUCAGCAUACUUGUUUGGUCUGGAAAGCCAGAUUAGUCAGUCUAAUGUUGAUGGGGCCCUCGUGCCCCCUGGCUCUUUGUUAAGCCUGAUUCAGAAAGGCCUACAAUAUACUGAGGCUGAGAUAAGUAUUGGAGAGGAUGGAAGUGAGCGUGUUGUGGAGUCCCUCUCCCUUAUUGAUGCCGUUGUACCGGAUGUUAUAGAAAAACGGAAGAACUUCCUGAAGCAGCAGUCCACAAGUGCAGUUAGUAUAAGCACUUCCGCCAAUGUUUUGUGCAAUAAUGCACCUAUAUCAUCUGCUGUGAACUGCACUCAUAUUGGAAAUGUACCUGUUACACCCACUCCAUCAGAUCAACUACUAUCCUCUGUCAACUCCCAUCCUUUCCCUUUGGAUAUAUCAACUGUUCCCAAUACAUUACAUACACAAACUGAAAGCUCACUUAGUUCCACAGGUCAUACAACCAUAAAAACUGAAGCCCCAGGCAUUUCACCACGCCCACAUUCUCACCAACACAAUACAUUUACUCCAUCCACAAUAAGCACAAAUAAACAGAAUAAUUCCUCAAAUUCAGUUAAUGCAUCUGUGCUUAAUCAAUCAAACAAUGUGAAUAGAUCAACUCCUACCACUUCUGUUUGCUCAGUCCCAAUAAUUUCAAACCUAAGUCCAAUAAGUUCGUCGAAUGCUACUCCAUUAGUAGGAAUCAAUAAAAUUACAGCUGCUUCUCAGCAGUCUUCUGUAACCUCUGGACAGCUAACUACUCAUCAUGUCCCACAGUCCGUCCUUCUGUCAACGAUACAGACGAAUGGGGAACAUCAUAGCGGAACAAUGGUCAACCACUAUCGGGGUAACGAUCCUAUGGAAGUUGAUCGAGUACACGUUACCGAAGUAAACAAUACGUCACCCUUACUCGCCAGACAAAUCCCACCUGAGCGGAUUACCGUCCUUAAGGGUCAUCAGUCAGAAGUUUUUAUCUGUGCAUGGAAUCCCCGAAAUGAUAUGUUGGCAUCUGGGUCUGGAGAUUCUACCGCACGAAUAUGGAAUCUUGAAGAACCUAUCACAAAUCCUCACCAUGUCCCACAGUUAGUUCUGACACAUUGGGUCAAUCUUGAUGGCCAAACAGUGUUGAGUAAUAAAGAUGUUACAUCUCUCGAUUGGAAUUCUGAUGGAAGUUUCUUAGCCACCGGAUCGUAUGAUGGAUUUGCUCGAGUGUGGAAUACUGACGGUCGAUUAGCAACAACUCUUGGCCAACAUAAAGGACCUAUUUUCGCCUUGAAAUGGAACAAGAAAGGAAACUAUAUCCUCACAGCCGGAGUUGAUAAGACAACCAUCAUAUGGGAGGCACAAACUGGUCGAAUCGCACAACAGUUUGCGUUCCAUGUUGCUCCUACGUUGGAUGUUGAUUGGCAAUCCUUAGACAGUUUUGCAUCCUGUUCAACAGACACAAAUAUCCAUGUCUGUCAGUUAGGCUGUUCAUCUCCUGUGAAAACAUUCCAAGGUCAUGAGAAUGAAGUCAACGCGAUUAAAUGGGAUCCCAAUGGUCGACUUUUAGCUUCGUGUUCUGAUGACAUGACACUAAAAGUUUGGGAUAUGCAUCAUGAUCGAUGUGUACAUGACCUUCGAGGUCAUACAAAGGAGAUUUAUACCAUUAAAUGGAGUCCCACUGGCCCCGGGACAGCGUUUGCUAACGCUCCGCUUAGUCUUGCUAGUUUUCAGGAUGUAUUGUCUGUCCAUAUGGGUGGAAAUGCAGCAGUCAAACCAUUGCUUUCAGAGUGCUGGAUUACUGACGUUGUGAACAACGGAGUUUCUUUGAUUGUUCAUGCAUGACUUGCCUUCCGAAAAUGCAGAUUAAACUCUCCUAAACCGAGUGCAGAUUUUAAGCUCUUGUUACCAAGAUACACUAGCUGAAUCACAGCAGAUGUAUCUCAUUCUUGUAUCGUAAUAAAUAACAAAGUAAGAAAUAUUUUGCCUCAUUGACUUGUUCCAUUGUUUUUUUUGUGUGUACGCUUUUUAGUGCCAGUUUUGAUUCAACUGUCCGGUUAUGGGAUGUUGAAACAGGGCAAUGCCGACGGAUAUUAUCAAGACAUACUGAACCUGUAUAUAGUGUUGCAUUCAGUCCUGAUGGUCGCCUGUUAGCAACAGGCUCAUUCGACCAAUGUGUUCAUAUAUGGAAUGUUGACUCCGGAAACCUCAUAAAUAGCUAUCAGGGCACUGGCGGCAUUUUCGAAGUUUGCUGGAAUUCACGAGGAGAUAAAGUUGGAGCUAGUGCGUCGGAUGGCUCUGUUGUGGUACUUGAUCUACGAAGGUAGCAGUGACUAUCUCUUUCCUACACAAUCGACACAUGGGACAGUUUACAGUCAGUAAUUUUCAUCCAAUCCUGUACAUUAAACAAUUAACCUGCUGGAUUAUUUGAGCAGGGAUGGGCUGUAAUACAUCACAACUUCUACGCCCUAAGCUUUCAAUCAGUGAUCAGAUUAAUCUUACCACACUGUACCACCAACAUGUAUCCGCAGAUACUAUAAGCUGUCAAUCAUUUACUUGCCUCCAGCUUCCUGAUACAACUACAAUUUGCUAACUGUAACUGUUCCAGUGUAUCCUGAACUAUGUCUGAACGUAUCUCUGUCAUUCCCGGAAUAAGCCGUUUUGUACAUUUAUGAACACUAGAAAAGAUGAAUCCCCUGUUAUUAUGUUUACGAUCAAUCUUUUUAUUGAAUUUAUUUACUUCUUGGGAAAUGAAAUGGUCCAUUAGGACGAGAGUUGUUUUCUUCCCACUACUUUGUUUGCUGUAUUCCUUGUAAAACUGUUUAUUAUCUUCGUCAGUGUUGUUAGAUCACAUCCUUCGUCAAACUGUAUAUUUGGCGCCGUUGUGUGUCAUUAUAUUUCCCAUUCGGCAGCGAGGCCCAAACUCUUUUCGACGUUCCAGUAGCAAUCGAUACUUGGUUAGUUUAUGUGUGAAUGGUUUCCUGUUGAGUUGUGUAUAAGUUGAACACACUACUUUAUCCGGUGAUCGUAAUAUUUCUUGCUUGUUAUUGAUUGUUGCGUAUAUAUAAGCAUUUUGUCAAGUCAUUUCCCUUGUGUUUUUCAUUUUUGGUGAAAAUUUCAGUCAAUGCACUGGAGUAUCUACCUAUCUAUCCUACCCUGUUGUAAAGUGUUCUUUUAUCUUCAGUUAAUUUAUUCAACUUGUGCCAACUAUGUAAUUUUGUCAAUGUGUUUUCAGAACGUCCUUGGUUCAGUAAUAUAAUAUGCCACAUGUGUCUGUCCUUAUGAUCAGAUGUACGCUUACCCAUGUUACCUCCAACUCUGAUGUUUUUUAAAUUUUAUCUUAUGUAGUGUGUUGCAAAUUUUAUAUUCUUAGGGAAAUAUGUUAUUUUAAAUCUUUUUCACACUUUUAUUCACUUUGAUAAACAAACCAAACUGAAGUCUUAUUUCCAUGACCUUUGCGUUAAUCAUGAAGUUUUAGAUCUCUUCAUAUAUUUUUUUCUUGUUAGUGUUUUUUUUUGUUGUUUACGACUGUAUCUUACUUGUCCUUCCGAAAUCACACACUCAAUCACAUCCUACUCCUUGUUUUAUUGUUUUUUGGCUGUGUUUUUUUCUUCACAAAUUAUGAAUGUACUUCCUUGUUCUUGUUCUUGAUCAGGCUCUCUUAUAGAAUUAAAAUCUUUUCUCUGUUGAAUUAGUUCUGUUUUUUUUCAGACUUCCUUUUUAUCCCUUUGUAACUUUACUUGAAUCAUUAGAAUUUUUCUUUAUCUUGCUAUUUACAUUUGACAUUAUGAACUUGUAAAUUAUGUUAUUUACCAUGUGUACGGUUAUCAAUUAUUAUUAUGACUAAAUAUCUUUUACAUUUGUCGAUACCAUUCUCUGUAUGUCCAAUUGUAUUAUUCUUGAUCGAGCAGCUGUGUUAUGGAAAAUGUGCUCGUAUUUGUUGCGUGUUGUUUAUACUUAUAAUCUAGUUCUCACUGAAUAUGCCCAUAUUCUUCAAAUCCCCCACCCCAUUUCCCCCCUCCCCCAAAGCAUAUUUUUUCAUUCUCGAAACAAUGUCCACUGUAUAUUUGUCCUUUUUUUGAAGUUUCCCGGAUGUAAUAAUCAACUUAUUUGCGAUUUUGUACUUCUUGUCUUUACAACUGAAGUGUUGGGGUUGGUAAAAAUAUAGCAUUUAUACAUUAUUUGAUAAUGAUUCAGGAUUUUACUGAAGCUCAUUUAUUCCCAAAUUUAUUUUAAGUUCUGUUACAAGGGAUGUGUAUACUUUUCAAAACUUCACGAAAAGUAUGAUAUCAUGGUUAACAUUAAAAAGGGGAAACUGCAUUCUGUAUUUCGGCAGUUUGUUAAUUUAUCUUAUACCUAUGAGCAUGCAUAUGUGAAGUGUGUAUCUCAAUCCAUGUUCACAUGGACUCUCCC